AUGACAGCCAGUCAGACAGCUGGAACCUUUUUCAAAUAUGCUUCCAUUCCAGUCGCAGUGGCAGUCGGCCUGUACGCGAUCCUCCUGGGAUUACUCACAACCUCCACCUUUCAGUCACAUGUUGUUUAUCUUCACGCAAUUCAAAUGACAUGGUUCAAAGACCUCAACGUCCCUGAAACGUUCGGGUUUCUGAGAAACCAGGUCACUUGUUUUUCCAUCAGGACCCCAGACGGCGAGCGAUUACAUGCCUGGCAUGUCCUUCCCAUGGAAUUGUAUCGCAAACACGAGGCCCCUCUUGUCGACGAAGCUGUUGGCCUAGUUUCUGAUAUCAAGUCCCGACUUGGAUUCCAAUUGUUGCGCGAUGACCCAGACGCCCGAUUAGUGCUCCAUAUGCACGGCGCAGGGGGGACCAUCGCCUCGGGGUACCGAGUCCCAAAUUAUCGGGCCCUAUCUGCAGGGCACCCGGGAAAGAUUCACGUGCUCGCAUUCGACUAUCGCGGAUUCGGGAAUAGUACCGGGUCACCAUCGGAAACGGGACUGGUCAUCGACGCGCUUGCAGUGGUCGACUGGGCAAUGAACGUCGCUGGCAUUCCUCCAUCCCGCAUUGUUAUAUUUGGCCAAUCCAUGGGAACUGCUGUCACUGUUGCGAUAUCGAAAUAUCUUGCGACUCAGACCCCACCGAUAGUCCUUGCGGGCGUUGUUCUCGUUGCCCCAUUCGUGGAUGUUGCCACGCUCGUCUCGACUUAUCGAGUGGCGGGAACUAUACCAAUCCUGUCGCCGAUUGCAAGAUUUCCUCCCUUGUUCAAGGCUCUCCAAAAGUUUAUCAAAGAUAAAUGGAUGAGCAAAGAUUCCAUCGCGGAAUAUGUGCGGGCCAACGAAUUGAACGGAGAGAGCUACCGAUUGACAAUAAUCCACGCGGAGGAUGACUAUGACAUCCCAUGGCAUCAUUCCCAGCUGCUUUUCUGGCAUGCGGUCAGUGCUUCAUUGCCAGCUGGUAUCAGCUACGAUGAGCUUGAGCAGAAGAAGCUUGACUCAAGGAGAGAUCUCGGCGCCGCUGGCUCGGUGAUGGAAUGGCAGACGCAGAACGGUGUCAUCCGCGAGGAGAUUCUGAAGACUGGGCUGCAUGACGUUGUUAUGGGAUACCCCAUCAUUUCAAUGGCGGUUAUGCGAUUUUUCGAGGCGGCAGACCCAUCGUUCACAAUUUGA